AUGCAUCACGAGGGUCCCGUGUCAACGAUGCUUAUGACGUUCGUUCUGUCGACAUCAACGCCACUGUUCUGGGCCUCGUGGCAACCCCAAAACGCAGGCGACUACGCGGCAACGUGCAUCUUUCUCGUGGUUCUUGCUGCGUGGACACGUGUGUUGAUGGCCAUCCGGCACACUCUUGAGCGCGCAAGCUGGGGGAGGAAGUCGUCGUACCCAGCAUACCACCGACACAAAGUUGGCGGCGACGAGGAGACUGACGAGCACAUACAUGGCUCCGGCUCCAGCAAUGCAAUACCAACACUUGCACAGCCUGUCAAACCUGUCAGCUGUGCCCGGAUAAUCCUAAUGGGUUUGCGAAGCUAUUGGCUCGACACACCACUCUCACUGAGACUCGCGAGGGCAGGCUUCGAUAUGGCCAUAGCAGGUCAUGCAUAUCUCGUAAUGUUGGCUGUGAUGACGAUGAACGUCGGAUACUUCCUUGCCGUAUUGAUAGGUGUAUUUGCUGGGACCUUCCUGUUCAUCGCUGCCAAGGAUAACAACGGCGGACACCAAGAUGAGGAUGAAUGUUAG